UCCCGCGCAAUGCGCGGGUUAUUACCUAGUAAUGACUAAAUCAAAUUCAUGAUAAUCUGCUUGCCUAACUCAUAACCGGUGACGAUAAGUCUAAAUGUGGGUUUGAUAACGACUAAUUUUUUUUCAUAACCCACAAACAAAUCAUAUUAGUCGUGUUGGUACGAAAGUUCCUAUGCAGAUUGACAUCCGAGAAAAAUAAUUUCAUCUAUAAUAGCAAAAAUCUUUGAAGAAUUUAUUACAAUAAAGUGUGUGUUUUACAUUUAUAAUAAAAUCAUUAACGGUUUUGUUCCGCUAAUAAAGGUUUCUUCUGUGUUUGCAAAUUGCUUACGUUCAAAAUGGAAUCUUUCUAAUGCUGUAACGGUUUUACAAGGAUCCACAUAACGUAUCUCGCUGUUGCAUUUCUCUUUAUGGGAAUGUUCUCGAACGAGAUCAAUUUUGUAAGAAAUCAAUAUUGUCAGUUAUGUAUUACUAUUGUCCGUUUCAGUUCACUAAUGGUGGAGCUUCGCGUGUUGGUAAAUGUGGCCGGCCAUGCCGCAAUUGUCGUGCAGCAUCUUCUAUCAUGUAUCCACUUAGACUUGAUACAAAGUUUGGAUUUGCAAUCAAAAGAAUCAAGAAAACCAAUAAUUCGAUUCAGUCACUAUAGUGAAGUAGAAAAAGACAAAGUCGGCAGCAAUACGAUCAAAUCUUCAUCACACAUUUUUAGAAAGUGGAUACGGUUUGCAUCGAAUGUUAUUAUAAUUUAGCCAACUAUACAAAAACAUAUUUGCAUGGAAUCUAGUUUAUAUUUGUGUACAAACAGCUAGAAUAUAAAGUUCUUGAUUAUCAUUUUGAUCAAAACACAAUCAUCUCAAAUCGUUUAUGCUUGGCACGUCUAUCAAACUUUAUCGUUUUGUUCAUGUUUUUAUCUUCUAAAAUUUUGUUCUCUUUUAGCAUUUCAAACAAUCUAUAUUUUUUUACGCAUUAAGGAUAUUAGAAGUAGUAGUAGUUUACAAGAGAGGUGAAUUCCAAAUUACGCAAAGGAAGCACAAAGCUAGAAAGUUUCAGAGGCAGACACACCAAAGGAGCCCACCAAAGAUUAUGUUCACACUCCAUUUCUCUUCUUUCACAUGCAUUUUCAACUAUGUUUCGUAUAAAAGUAGUUGUAUUAAAAACAUUGCAUUUAAUUCUCUAACACCAUUAUUAUCGCUGACGUGUGAUGUUGAAUAAAAACUAAAUCUGAGUAGUGUAUCUAUGCAGGCCUGGUUGUAUGGAUCCACUUAGAAUAUAACUUAGAAAAACAAUUCAUUGAAUUUGUUAACUUAGACCAGUACAUUCAACUAUUACAAAUUGUACAGGAGCCGACAUUAAUCUUGAAUCUAAUAAAAGACCCUUAGAGGAUAAUUAACCCGGGAUUCUUAUGAUAGAGUUCUUAGCAGAAGUUAAGAAACUGUUUUUUAACUUCCGAUAAGAACCCCACUAUAAGAACCCGGGUUAAUCAUGGUCUUACGCUAAAUAAUAGAAACAGAACCAGCUAUAAACAUUUUUAAAAUAUAGAUGAUCUUGAGUAUAAAUUAUAAUAAAUAGAAAGAGCACCAGUUUCUGCCACUCUAUCCAACAUAAAUCUUAUAACACUUGUAUAUUUCAGCUACUUGAACUGCUCUUUGUUCCCGAUGAUUGGGUUGUGAGACUCAGCCGAAUAAAAAUAAAUCAAGGAUUCCAGAAACUGUGGAAGCGCCUACGGGAUUACAAAUGAUAAACCAACAUUUAUUAGAUUUAAUGAUUUUUACAAUCUAUUGUACGUUGCUUGGAGAAAAGAGAGAGAGAGAGAGAGAUCAAUCAUACACCUCCUACUAUAGCACAAACUUUGGUGAGAAAGUGCAAGAACCUUCCUACCGUCAAUGAUGAUCUUCUGGUGGCUACCCUGCAGUGCAGAUUUGUUGGUUUGUUUCCCUUCAAGAACCCACUUAGCUCUUACCUCAAAGCCCAUUUGUAGUCCACCUUGUCCCUCCGACUCCAACCGUCGCCAAGCAAACAAUUAAUAACUACGAAAGACUACUUGAUCCAAGUUUAAGCCCAUUAUGGCUCGUUACUUUGGAGAAAAUAAAAUUAAAGCAAAUCUCUUUCAAGUUUAAAGUUAUAUUAGGCUAUUAGCUGUACUUGCAGUUCACUUUUCAAUAUUCUUAUCGAAGUUCCCUGAACAAUAAAGUAUGUCAAGAUUUGAACUGAUAUCAUUACGAUUUACGAACACAUUCUUUAAUACAGUAAUCGUUUUUGUAGGCAUUGGGUGGUAUCAUCACUAUCAUGAUCCAACGGAUUGUUAUUUGAUUAGGUCACUAGUGCAAUUUCUAGACAUUAUUAUAUAAAUCUGCGAAGGGCGAUAGAGUGUAGAUCGAAAGAGAUUACGUUGUUAGUUUCGCUAAACCAUAAGUUAAUCCCCUAUUAUAAAACAAAAAUGUGGUCCUAGCAGGCUAGCAUACAUUUAAAUGAAAAAUAUAUGUGCUACAAAGACUACUACUAGCACAGAAUAUAUAUCUCACAUAUAAAUUUUUUGAUUAGAGAGUGAACCAACAAUAGCUUAUAGGUGUGAAUGAUGCUUCAGUCCCCAACUUUGAUUACAUGUUAAAAGAGUUAAGCAAUACAAUUACUUUUCAUAUGAAACAGGCUUCCUUUUGUCACAUUUAUCAUGAAGUUUGUCUCAGUUAAGAGCUUUUACGACCUAAAUAUAUCUAUUAUGAAAUAUGUUUCAGUGUGAUUUGAAAAAAAAAGACUUCAGCUUGUGAAAGAGUAAAAUGAACUGCUUAACUUUUUUUUUCUAAUGGGGCUGUUAGUGCCAAAGCCCUACCCACAUGAUCUCUCAACAUUGUCGCUCUCAGGAGUACAACUAAAUCAAACUCUAUCUUCAUCUACUUGAUCUUUUAAGAAAUUAAUAUAAAAACAAUAUUAUCCUUUACAUAAUUUAUUUAUCAAGGGAUUGCUCCUUAACGAUUAAAUAAAAGUGUUUUUCCCUAGUGCUAAAGGCCUACCUCUAUGUUGAUGCAACUUAUCAUGAUAACAAAUACCAAACUUUUCUUUGCAUCCUUUCAAUUAUUUGAUUGUUGGGGCCUGGUAGUUUCAAUUUAUUUGAUAUUUUGUCCAAGUGCAUGUAUAUAUCAUUCCAGCAAAUAUAAACUGUACUACUUCAAAGGCAUGAACGCAAUUAUAGCAUCAUUGGUAAGUUUAAGUUAACUAGAGUGAGAGCAGGGAAUAGAGCAUGCUUAUUUACCCAUUCCAUGUGAAUUCAACCAGUAUUCAACUAUAGUGGCAGCAACAAAGGGAAUGUUGUUGCUAUAGUUUAGUGAUAAGUUAGAAGGUAGUUAAACUGGGAGAUGAUUUUAUGAGUUUAUGGUUGAAGAUGACAAGAACAAAGUGAAAUGUGACCUUACAGCUUGUGAGUACCAUUGGAUAAAGAAACAAGCCUCGUGCCCUUCCAAUCUUUUUCCUCUUUAUACCAUUGUCUUUCUUUUUUCUAUUCAUAUAAUAAUAUGAUGAUUUUAUAUUGUAUUAACAAAAGUAAAGCCCACGAAACCUUUCCAACUUUAGUUUAUCGGAGCAUUCGACUAUAAUCACCCUUGUCACAUUCACAUGCCAAUCUUUAUUUUCGACAAAAUAAUGAUCACACUUGAUACACUAAGUCCUUAAGUUCAUCAUAUAUUUACAAACCCUAUCAAUCUAACAUUGGCAUAAAUCUCAAAGUGAAAUGAAAAACAAAUGAAUGAAGAAGAAAUGGUGACGACCAUUGAAUGCUGAAAGUGAAUAUUUCAGUUCAAGAAGCUUCUUGUACAUGAUGGAAUAAAGUUGUAAUGAACCCUCUUCACUCCUUUGAAGUCUUUGACCCCAUCACAUCUUCUUGCCAUAUUUAUCAACCAGUUUCACAGCAUUUAUUAUUUUCACAAUCAACAUUUAUAAAAAAAUAUAUUGAUAUUGCACCACCUAUUUUCACUUUCUAUAAAAUAGGGUUUCAAAUGAAAACAAUGUUUUCCCCUCAAAAGCAAAAGGCAUGUAAGAGCUGUAAGCACAGGCAUUUCAAAGCCUAGAAAGAAAAGUUUAUAAAAAAAGAACAAGAAUUUUAUAAAAAAACCAAACAUAAAAAGCUGAACCCUUCCAUUGUUGAGAGAUCGAUCAAAAAACCAAACCCCCCAAGAAAAACAAAAGCUAUGAUCAAAGGAAGAGAUGGAAACAGAGGACCUUCUUCUUCUUCUGGUUACUCUGCAGAUUUGCUGGUUUGUUUCCCUCCACGAACCCACUUAGCUCUUACUCCUAAGCCCAUUUCCAUCCCAUCUCGUCCCUCCGACUCCACCACCCGCCGUCCUCACCACCGUCGCCAGCACAGCAAACUCUCCGGCCGCGGAGGAGGAGGAGGACAUGGGAGUCCUGUUUUGUGGGCUAAGCAAGCGAGUAGUAAGAACAGGGGCCGUGACGAGAUAGACGAGCCCACUUCGCCUAAAGUCACCUGCGCCGGUCAGAUCAAAGUCCGGCCGAGUAAAUGCGGCGGGAGAGGAAAGAACUGGCGAUCGGUGAUGGAGGAGAUCGAGAGGAUACAGAGGAGUAAACCCCAGAGCAAGUUUUUUGGAGUGAAGAAAGAUGUGAUGGGGUUCUUGACUUGUCUGAGGAAUAUCAGAUUCGAUUUCAGGUGUUUUGGUGAUUUCAGACAUGCUGAUGUCACUAGCGACGACGAAGAUGAUGACGAUGGAGAAGAAGAAGAAGAAGAAGAGGAUGGAGAGGAGGAGGAUCCGAAGAGUGCUUUCUCCAAAUGGUUUAUGGUGUUACAAGAGGAACAGAGUAACAAGGAUAAGGACAACAACAGCAACAACAACAAGUGCGUUCUUGAAAACUCAGACGCAGAACCGGCGGUUCCGCCGCCGAACGCGCUUUUGCUGAUGAGGUGUAGAUCGGCUCCGGCGAAGAGUUGGCUAGAAGAGAGAAUGCAAGCGAAAACAGAGCAAGAAAACAGAGAGAAACAUCAAGAAGAGGAAACAGAGGAAGAUAACAGAGAGAGACAACGAGAAGAGGAAACAGAGGAUGAAGAGAUGAUGAGUAAGAAGGAUGAUAAGAAGGAUUUGAGAACACUAGUGGAGGAAGAGAAGAUGGACUUAGUGUUGAUGAGAUACGAUACUGAUUAUUACAAACUCUCUUCAGACAUUGCUAAGGAAACUUGGGUUGUCGGAGGAAUUCAAGAUCCUCUGUCCCGGAGUCGAAGUUGGAGAAGCUAAAUUUUUACCAUAUCUACUACUAUCGUUACUCACCAUUAAUCAUCGUAUUUUAAAAAUGUGAUUAAGCUUUUUUACUAUUAUCGUUUUUGAUUACCUAUUAAUUAAUCUUGAUACUGUUUUAUGGUUUCUUGGGUUGCAAGGAUUCCCAUGUCUUGUAUCUCAAAUGGUUUGUUUUUUUUCUUUUCUUUCUUUGUUUCGUGUAUCACGAGUAUUGUGAUGUAACACAAAUAUGUACAUGAUUUUUACUUUUACAAAAUAUGCUUAGUAGAUAAUUUCUUUGUA